UGGUGGGAGUAUUUUGACGUAUGUAUAACUGACGCCAGGAAGCCUCUGUUCUUUGGUGAGGGAACCAUCUUACGCCAAGUAGAUAUGGAAACUGGUGCUUUAAAGAUUGGCACCCAUAUUGGCCCAUUCCAAAAAGGUCAAGUUUAUUCCGGGGGUUCAUCAGAGGUGUUCUGUGAGCUUCUAGGGGUCAAAGGCAAUGAUGUUCUUUACAUAGGAGAUCACAUCUUUGGCGACAUCCUUCGUUCAAAGAAGGAACGUGGAUGGAGAACUUUCCUGGUGGUACCGGAAUUGUCCCAGGAACUUCAUGUGUGGACGGAUAAGCGAA